CAAAUGGCCUCCUCUUCGUUUCGCCGCCCUCGCUUCUCUCUUCUCAAGUCACUUCCGAUAGACCAGGACGAUAAUAUCCGCACAUACCCCGAGCUUCUCGCCUUCAACGCGAAGUAUAAUCCCUCCCACAUCUUUUGUCUUCAAGGUGUGAAAGAUCAUCAGGAAGCACCAGUUCCAAUCACGUUUGCGCAGGCCCAGCGAUCGGUACAGCAUUGUAUGGGAUGGCUUGCCAAAAACGUAGAGGGUAUCCAUCGGCCGCGGGAGGUUCGCGGAAAGGUGGAAAAGGCUGCUGCUGUUGGAAUAUUGAUGGGAAGUGAUAUUGGAAUAGUAAUAUAUGUGAUGGCUUUGCUCUCCUUGGGAGUUCCAGUGGGUAAUUGUCCAGUGGGCCAGCGAGAAUGAUUGCUAACUAUAUAUACUCAAGGUUGUGUUGAUUUCUGCGCGUUUGACUCCUGUUGCAAUUGCCCAUCUUCUUAAGUCGACAUCUGCUGGAUCCGUAAUUGUGUCACAACGUUGCAAGCGCGCCGCAUCAGAGGCGGUUGCAUCAUUUGGCGGCGGUGAAAAAAUGCCGAAUAUAUAUGAACCGGUUUCGUAUAAUCGCUUUUUGGAAGAUGCGGAAUGGGACUCCCUUGAGAUACCACCAGCCUAUGAUAUAGUGGAAGAGAUGGACCGUAACGUGUUGAUAUUGCACUCUUCCGGCACAACAGGUCUACCGAAGCCAAUAUAUCACCCCCACAAAUAUAUGUUGGGGUACGCCGCAUGUCACCUUUUUGAGGAAAAUGAUAAGGUCGAUGGCGUUAAUUGCUCGACUUUACCGUUAUUUCAUGUGGGUAUUCGCGUCUUCUGGUGUUGGGAUGGAAUAAGGUGCUGACACGUCUUCUUAGGGAUUCGGGUUGCUCUCACCAUCGCUUGCGCUUUCCGUUGGGAAGCCUUUCUGUAUACCCGCGGCGAGCAUAAUCCCAACCGCAACAUCUACUCUGUCGCUACUUCGCCUCUCGAAUGCUCGCUCCUUGAUGUCGGUCCCCUCAAUCCUUGAGGAUCUUCUUUAUCUUCCCCAGUCGGAGGGUAUUAACUUCCUCCGCACCCUCGAUUUUGUUGCCGUGGGCGGUGGACCUAUUAAAUCCUCAGUGGGAGCGGCGCUUGUUGAGGCAGGCGUCAAGUUACUCAACCAUAUGGGGGCCACGGAGAUCGGGGCAAUAGCACCAAUAUUUCUUCCUGGCCCUGACUACGAUUGGCGGUACCUCCUCCUGCGAAAAGACAUCGGUUUACGCCUAGAGGACCCCGGCGACGGUAGCGGGCUUUUUAGGCUCAUAGGAAGACCGUUUGGAUGGGGUCGGGAGUUUCCGGUGCAGGAUCUACUCCAAUGCAAUCCUCGCGCGCCAGACAACCAAUUCAAGAUUCUCGGUAGAGCAGAUGAUUUGAUUGUCCUAGCCACGGGAGAGAAAGUACUCCCGCGAAUGUUGGAAAUGACUGUCUCAAAUGAUUGUAGGGUCAAAGAUGCUAUAGCUUUUGGUGAUGGGCGUUUCAACAUUGGUCUGGUUGUUGAGGCGAGCAUUGGUCUUGACGUGAAAAAUGAGGAACAGGUGUCAGCGUAUGUUGAAGAAAUAUGGUCCAGUGUGCAGGCUGGGAACGAGUUUACCGAUAAUCACGGGAAGGUAACUUCCAAAGCAAUGAUAAUUGUCACCACUCCCGCCCACAAGCAGCUUGCACGUACGGAUAAGGGGAGUCUUACUCGGAAGACCAUUGUCCAAGAUUUUGCCGAAGAGAUCGAUGCCGCAUAUCGGGAGGCCGAGCUAGAGGGGAUAGAAGCCAUACCGAGUUCCGCGGAGGAUAUAAAAACUUGGCUUAAAUUCCUGGUAGGAGAUAUUAUCAAGAUCUCGCCCGCGGAUCCUACUUGGUUAGAUUCAGAUGAUUUCUUUGAGUUAGGAAUGGAUUCGCUCCAAGCUACCAUUCUACGCCGCAAGAUAUUGGCAAGUAUUACCAAAUCGAGCCGGGAGUUCAGGGAGCUGUCACCCGACUUUGUCUUCAAAUACCCAACAAUAGAUGGCUUGCACGGGUUGCUCUCCGGGAAUGCAUCUGACUUGAACCGCGAACGUGUUGAGCGCAUGAACGAGAUGGUUCGUAAAUACGUGUCCAAUAUCAGGUCGUUGCCACCCCCCACGAUGGCACCAACUGCCACAGUCCUCCUGACAGGUUCUACUGGGAGCUUGGGCUCCUUUCUUUUGGCGCAGCUCGCUGCCUUGCCCCAUGUCAGCAGAGUCAUAUGUCUUAACCGCCGGGCCAGCUCAACGGGCAGCAAUGACCUCCGCUCUCGACAAGAGGCUGCACUUUCAAAAGGUGGAAUCACAAUCCCAGCCUCAUCCUGGGGGAAAAUAACGAUCCGCGAGGCCGACCUGAAAACACCAUCGUUUGAAUUACCGGGCUCCUAUUAUGAUUCCCUUCGAUCCGUGACACAUAUCAUUCACAAUGCCUGGCCUAUGGAUUUUAACAGGUCUCUUGAGUCUUUUGAACCCCAUUUCCAUGCAACCAAAAACAUCAUCUCCUUGGCUUUGUUAGCGAAUGAAAGAAACCAACAAAACAAGCCUCGGAUUUUGUUUACUUCUUCGGUCGCAGCUGUGGGAAGGUAUCCGGCACUUACAGGAAGUGCUCUUAUUCCCGAAGAGCCCAUGCACAAUGCACAAGUGACGGACCAUUUCGGCUACCCAGAGGCCAAGUGGGUCUGCGAGCAACUUAUCGAGGAGGCUGGCAGAAUACAUGCGGGGAGAAUUGAAACAGCAAGCGUUCGUAUCGGUCAGCUUACCGGGUCGGAGAGCAGCGGGGCGUGGAGUCCGAAGGAGCAUUUCCCUUCAAUUCUUAAAUCAUCGCAGACAAUUGGAAGUCUACCGGAUAUCAAAGGCGUGAGCAUUACUUCCCCUCUGUAUUCCGCUCCAAGAUUUGCACUCUAUUCGCUAAACCCCUGCAGACUCUAUCUUGGAUUCCUGUCGACCGUGCUGCAAGGGUGGUCAUUGAACUCCUAUUCCAGCCCUCUCCCCCGGAUCCCGUUUAUCAUCUCGAAAACCCAAUGCGUCAGCCCUGGUCUGAUCUCCUCGUACUCCUCUCGCGAGCGCUAGGCCUACGAUCAAAGAUCAUCCCGUUUGAAGCCUGGCUGGAGAGGGUCCGGUCGAUUACCGACGUAGAGAAGAAUCCAGCGGGUAAAGUUGUAAAGUUUCUGGAAGAGGAAUUUACUGCAAUGGCUUCAGGAGCAGUUGUUCUUGAUACCAAGAGGGCUAGACGUGUCUCUAGAACCCUAGCGGGCAGUGGAGGUAUUGAAUCAAGACAUGUAGACCUAUAUGUCAAGUACUGGAAGAGCGUUGGUCAUCUAUCAUAA